AUUUACUUUUACACUUGUAUCCGAACGGAGUUAAACUACUGCUUUGAGUUAUAACUUAAAUUAUGUAGAAAACAAACCUUGAUUGCUUAUAAUGUUUACAAUAAUAUCUGUUUUGAGAUAAGGAAAGUAACAAGUCAGCCAGUUUAAAACCGAAAUUAAUUUUAGAUUCAUUAAGCAACGUGUACAUAUUCAUGGUACGAGGAAGUAAAAAUAGUUUGUAUGGUAUCCAAGAAGGCUGUGAUCAAUAUUUUCAACAAUGUAAAUCGAUCAAGUUUAAACAUUUGAAUGAGGUUUAUAGUGUCGUAUAUUCUACUUUAAACCAUUUUAAAAUAUCUAUAAACUUUAGAGCCGCGAUAAAUGAAACAGGACACGUUUUACAGGGAGGUUUUAUAUUUCUUUCCACCUAGAGAUUGGAUUUGCCUGGCCAAUGUACCCUUCAUGUUAAUAUCUACAGCACAAACAAUCGCCUCAACGCUGUCGUCCAGCUUCAACACAGAACCUGAAGAUACACCAAUACUAUAUACACAAAGAUUUGCCUGACCUGUCAUCCAUCUGUCAGUGUGUACAUCCGCCUUCAACCAAAGAUUAUGAUACUAUGUAUGUGAAACCACCUAUUUUAUUGCUUAAAAUUACUAACUGAAAAAAUGACAGCAGAAGUGUCCGUACCGGUAGGAAUAGUUAAAGAACUCGAGAAACAACCAGGAGGAAUGAAUUCGAUAAAAGAUGAUCUGAAACAAAAUCACCUAAUUGAUGUCAAGUAUAAAGGAAACGUCUUACAUUUGACAGGACAUGAUGAAAAUAUUCUUGAUAUUGCAAAUGAAUUCCUACAUGCGAAAGUUGGAAGGGCUAAUGCAACAAAUAAAACUUUAGGAGGUAAUGGAACAAUUGCGUGGACUUACAGAGGAAAGCCUGUUAAACAUAUUAAAUGUUUAUUCGAUGCAGAAUAUAAGGAGCUCUUAACGGUCAAAUCUAUAGAAGCUGCAGAACCGAAAGUGGAUAGUUUAGUUAUUUCAUGCAGCUAUGCAGAUUACCAAACGGUGAAUGAUAUGCUCAAGAAACUCGACAAGAAAAUCAAGAAUUGCAAACAAAAAGCUGUUAAAGUAGAUAUCAAAGAUCAACAGCUUGCAAAACGAUUUGAAAAGGAACAAGUUGGCAAUGAUUUUUAUUGUUGUUUAAUAGUCGACAACAAAGAUAAAAGUAAACUUCAGCUGGAGUUUUAUGGAAGGGAGGAAAAGUAUUAUAAAGAAGGAAUUUCAAUAUGGGAAUCAAUUAAACACGGUGACAAGAAGAAGCCCGCUUCGAGUUCUACAUCUACUCGGAAUCUAAAGGGAAACGAAUCAAUGAAAGAUAGCAGUAUAUUGGAGGAGCAGAAAACUACAGGCCAACAGAAAUUUACAAAUUCGUAUCAGACAACUGCUACUGCGUCCCUGCUUGAAAAGCAUGCUACAAAUACAAAGACAUCAGAGACGGACGAGACAGCACCAGUUUCUGUACAAAAAACAAUGGAUGUAGAUUGGGAUGAGACAGCUAAUGCUACCGGUUCGUCUUCAACAGAUUCAACAAAUCUAUCAAAACCUCAGAUGAACGUAAUUUCUACUGCUAGUGCCUCUGGUGGACCAGAAGAAAAUAUAUAUUCACGUGCUGCUACUACGGAGGUGAAGAAAACACCUGGAAGAACGAUAGGUUCUGGCGAAACAGCAAAAUAUUCUUUUCAAAUUGAAAAUAUGCUUGUUUACGUGUACAAAGAAUCAAUUACAGAAAUUAAAGGAAUGGAUGCCAUCACAAAUGCAGCCAAUGAAAGGCUCAUGCACGGAGGUGGUGUGGCUUAUUUCAUAUCAAAAGCAGCAGGAAAAAAGAUGGAUCAGGACUGCUAUAGCUAUAUAGCAAGGCAGGGACCUUUACAAGUUACACGGAAUUAUGUGUCCAUUCCUGGCGAUAUAAAGUGCAAAGGUAUAAUCCAUGCAGUAGGUCCCACAUGGUAUGAUUACACAGACAAGAGAGAAAAUUGCGCCAGAGAUUUGUACGAGACAAUUAAGAAUAUCCUCAUUACAGCAAACAACAAGAAAUGGCAAAAGGUGGCACUUUCGGCAAUAAGUUCAGGGUUAUUUGGUGUCCCGAAGAAACUGUGUGCGGAGAUGUACAUAAAGGCAUUUGCAGAUUACGCAACAGAAGCUGAUGGCACUUUAAAGGAAGUGCAUUUCAUUGAUGUUAACCGUGAAAUCUUAGAUACUGUCAUCGAAACACAUAAAACUUGGAUGAAAGACGCAAGUAAACUGGAUUUUAAGAACGCUUUGGAAUAUACAUCGGCCGUAUCAAAAACGCAAACUAGAAAAGGAGUAGGAUCAGAGGAGCAAGACUGUUUGAUCCAGUUCCUUGAACCUGACCAAACUUCAUACGGCGAAACGAGAUACAAAUACCGUGUAUGUAAGAAAUUGGCUGUAUUUGUGUAUAAAGGCUCACUGACACGACUACGUGGGGUUGACGCCAUAGCUUUGACCAUUUCCCCAGAUCCGUACCAGAUAGGAAUUCUUGAAGGUGCUGUACAGAAUCUUGCGGGUCAUAAGUAUGCACGAGAAGUUGAUAAAUACAGGUAUUUGAUAGAAUGUAUAUUACUUUCCAGGUAUUUUAUUAAUGUUGUCAAAAAGAUUCUAACAUUUAACUGUUUACCCGUUUUGAUUACAGGGGCAGCAUAUAGCAAAGCCGAUGUUAGAACACUUUGCUACAAUGUUAUCCAAACACUUGUAAGCGUGUGCAGUGAUACCAGUAAAACAUUGGAAGUCAAAGAACUCCACCUUGUGAAUUUAGACAGAGAUGUUAGUUUAUGUCUUCAAGAUCAAUUUACUAGAUUGAUUAAAGGUACAAAUGAAACUGAAAAGAAAACAUAUGCACAAACAACGUAUUAUUCAAGUAACACUCCGAGGUCAAAUAACAUAGAUCAUCAUUGGAUGCAACAUACACCACUUGAAGCUAUCGAACACGCUAAGGCUAAACCAUCAUCUGAUGGAACGGACAAAUGCAAGGUAUCUCAGGAGGAUGCCCCUAAAACGAUUGAGAAAGCACCAGCGAAUCGUCAGUGUGUAUACUGUGAUAAAACGGCAGAAAUAAAACUAAAGGAAUGUAGUCACAUGUAUUGUCCUGCCUGUGCAGUUCCCGUUAAAACUAAUGCUGUCUGCUUGAAAUGUUCUAGAAGUUCUGAGGAAACCACCGAUAAAUCUACAAAUACAGCGGAAAACUGUCCCAUAUGCUUGGAACCUUUGAAGAAAGCUGCAGUAUUGCCAUGUAGUCACAAGCUUUGUCAUGAGUGUUAUGAGACAGUAAAGAAACAAAAACCACAAUGUCCAAUUUGUCAACAUAUAUUUGGAGAGGUAACUGGAAGUCAGCCAGAUGGAAGGAUGUUUUAUCGCUACGUUACAUGGAAAAGUCUUCCAGGCUAUGAUGGAUGCGGAACUAUUGAAAUAUUUUAUAUAAUUCCACCUGGAAAGCAGGGGGUACCUCCUGCACGUAUACAGAUAAUAACGGAAGGAAAUGACGAGUUUGGGUAUCCUGAUCCAGCGUAUCUUUCGCGAGUCAGAGAAGAACUUGCAGCCAAAGGUGUGACGGAAUAAACAGCAACAUGAGACAUGCUAUAAACUCUACACAACCUUCUGGUUAAAAAGUAGCUUAAUUGAAAACAGCACUCAGAACAAUAUCUAAUCUAAAUUCACAUGAAAAGCAAGAAGAAUGAAUGUUUAAUGAAAUGUGACAUUUCUCAGAUAUGCUUGCAGUUUAUAUAUAUAACAAUAUCUAUUUAUUAUUCCGGUCGUUUUUGCAACUUCUAUAUGGAACUAAUGUUUACCUAUUGUCC